AUGUCAAACUACUUCACAGUUGAUGGUGAAGUUGAGGCUUAUCCUAGGCCGAGAUUCACUGUGCCAAUCGAUGAGAAUCAGGAUAUGUCUGAUAGUAAAUUUGUCACAAAUGCUCACCUUGGACGUAUUACAUUUAAUCGACCGAUUGCAGAUUGGGAUUCCCUAAUGUCUAAGAAUGAUAACGGUGGUGAUGGUGAUGGCAGAAGUACUAAAAACAGAUGGAGAAAUUGUUUCAAGUCAUUGUUUUGUUGUAGCAGACAACAAUGCAAAUCGUACUCGUUGUACUGUCUAUUGUCUGUCUUUCCGUGUAUUAAUACACUGCUGAAUUAUAACUGGCGAUCAGAUUUUUUAAAAGAUGUUUCUGGUGGUUUAACGAUAGGUAUUCUGAAUAUCCCACAAGGCAUGGCGUAUUCUUUACUUGCUGGUUUACCGCCUGUUUACGGCUUAUAUGUCGGAUUCCUAGGUCCUUUGCUCUAUUCAAUUUUCGGACAUUGUACACAAUUAUCAAUCGGUACAUUUGCGGUUGUCAGCCUGCUAAUUUCUGGACCUAUUGAACACUACAGUGGAAAAGUUGAACGGCACUAUCGUAACUCUAUGAUGAGUGUGAAUUUGACGAAUACUGAAGACGAUAUGGAAGACGGUAUACCACCAUUAGAAAUAGAGCCGAGAGUGCUAGUGGCUGUAACGCUCACCUUCCUUGUUGGAAUUGUACAACUGGUAAUCGGACUCUGUCAACUUGGUAAACUCACAUCGUAUCUAGCACCAUCCAUGGUAUCUGGCUACACAUCUGGUUCAUCAUAUCAUGUAUUAAGCAGUCAAAUUAGUUCAAUCUUUGGUGUGAGAGCUGCUAAAAAACACCAUGGACCUGGAUCACUUUUUCUGGUUUAUGUAAACUUAUUUAAAAAUAUUCGAAGUGUAAAUUUAACUACCCUGCUUAUAUCCUGUAUUUCAAUUAUAUUCUUAAUUAUUGUGAAGUAUUUUAUUGAACCACUGUUGAAAAAAUAUGCACAUUUCAAUUUCCCAAUACCAAGUGAACUGAUUAUGAUUGCCUUGGGCACAGUGACUUCUGCCACUAUGAAUUUACAAGCAAAUUACAAUGUUUCAAUUGUUGGAUAUAUUGCAAGCGGGAUGCCACAAACAACUCUACCGUAUUGGCCUGUUAUACCAGAUUUGAUUGGUGAGGCCAUUCUCAUCGGAUUUGUCAGUACCUUCCUUUCAAUAUCUUUGGUGAAGUUGUUUGCAAUCAAGCAUAAGUAUAAGAUCAAUUUCAAUCAUGAGAUAGUUUCAUUCGGCAUUGUGAACACGAUUACAUCAUUCUUCUCUUGUUCUGUCCAUUCGGGUAGUCUUUCUCGAAGUAUGGUAUUAGAAGGGACAAAAACACGAACUCCAUUAUCAGGCAUAUUCAGCUCAGUUAUGAUUGUAUUUGUACUACUGUUUCUUGGACCGUAUUUUCAGGCUACUCCAUCGUGUAUUCUGUCGUCAGUAAUUGUUGUGGCGCUGAGAAAUGUCCUCAUGCAACCGAAGAGACUGCCCCAUUUAUGGCGUACCUACAAGCCAGACUUUGCACUAUUUUUGAUCACAUUUCUUAGCACCAUAAUACUCGAUGUGACUUAUGGACUAGUGGUUGGUAUAGUUGCUUGUCUUGUUUUACUGUCUGAGAAACAACGUGUCAUAAAAUUACUUGAGUUGCAAAAUGUUCCUGGUACUGAACUCUAUGUCCACAAGCACUUUGAGGUGAUGACGAGUACUCAGAUGAACAAAACACAAUUUGAUUGUCUACUAUCGUCGAUCAAGUCAAUCCGUGUUGUUGGUUCAUUGAAUUUUUCAUCUUUUGAAAAGUUCACCACUGGUAUUCACGCCAUAGUCAACAGGAUAACAGCAGAACAAUGUGAACAAGUGAAUAAGUUGAAUAGCCCAAAACACAGUGAAGAUUCAAUUCCCUGGAAUAAUACUGAGGUGUCAUUCUUUGAAAAUAAAGAGACUGGCGAAGAGUAUGUGAAAUGUCGUCAGUUAUGCGACAACGAUUCACAUCACUUUUCAAAGUUUGCUUUCCCUGAUUCUGUUGGAAAGAAAAAUAAAGCGGAUAGUUUAGAUGAAGAGAAAUCGUUACACUUUCUACUCUUGGAUAUAUCUGGAAUAACUCAUAUUGAUGCGACUGGAGCAAAUGCAUUGACAGAAAUUCAAAAGAAUUUAUUCAAGAAAAAGUGUGUGCUGAUCUUGUGUGGAGAUCCAACUCCAUUCAAGUGUUUAUCAACAGCCGACUGGCAAACAUAUCCUGGAGUGAAACCAAUCUAUCCAACGUUAUAUGAUGCUGGUGCUGUUUGUGUUCAAGUUCUGUGUCAAUCUGAAUCGGAGUCGGCCGAGACUGAAGAGGCGGAGAAACAGUGUGAUACCGAUUCAUAA